AUGGCUGAUAGUCAGGCACAGUUAGGAAUUGGAUCAGUUGUACUGGGAACUGUUCAGAGUUUGAAGCCAUAUGGUGCCUUCAUUGAUAUAGGAGGGAUUAAUGGUCUGGUCUCCUCCAUGUUAGCCAGAUCAGUCAUGAUCGGGUCUCAGAUAUUGAAACAGUCCUUCAGCCGGGUCAUGAUCUUGAGCCAUGACCGUGAGAGGGGCCGUGUGAGUCUUUCUACAAAGAAGCUGGAACCUACACCUGGUGACAUGAUUCGCAAUCCUACACUUGUGUUUGAGAAAGCCGAGGAGAUGGCACAAACAUUCAGGCAAAGAAUUGCUCAAGCUGAAGCAAUGGCUCGUGCAGAUAUGCUGAGAUUCCAACCCGAGGUAGUGUUGAGAAGUGGAUUGACUCUCAGCUCUGAUGGGAUUUUAGGCCCACUGAGCUCUGAUUUGCCGGCAGAGGGAUUGGAUUUGAGCGAAAUUCCCCAGGCGGAAGAUUCAUUUGAUAUAAGCGAAAUUCCUCCGGCCGAAGAUCCAAUCGACGAUUUAUAA